ACUUGCGUUGCUUACCGUCACAGGGAUACAGUGUUAAAUGAAUCCUGCUGAACUCAAUCAGUACCAACCAGUCGCUACCUUUGAGAAGCUCGAAAGCUCACAUUUCUACAAAAUGGAAAAGGGUAGUCCAUCGCGCCAGUUUAUGGCUGGUAUUAUCGUAAACCUUGCCUCAGUUAUGGUUGGCACAUCACUCGGCUGGACCUCGCCAAUUGCGCCCAAGUUUGCCUCGAAAGACGACACACCGCUCGAUACGAUCCCGACGACAUCGGAAAGCUCCUGGAUUGCUUCCUUGACAGCACUCGGUGCACUGAUCGCGCCCUUCCUAGCUGGACCGUCAGCGGAACGAUUUGGACGUAAGCUCACCCUACUCGGCAGCUCAGCUUUCUUCAUCCUGUCCUGGGUGUUGCUGUUGACGACAGAAACCGUAGUGCAGGUGCUUGUAGCUCGCUUCUUUCAAGGAUUGGGCGUUGGUUUUGUGAUGACUGUGCAAACAAUGUACAUUGGUGAGAUCGCCAGUAGCGAGUAUCGUGGUGCGCUAGGGUCACUGAUGCAGUUGUGCAUCGUUACUGGAAUUCUGUACGUGUACAGCAUCGGUCCGUAUGUCUCGUACCACGCACUACAGUGGGCCUGCCUGGCACUACCGAUCGUAUUCGAUGCAACAUUCUUCUUCAUGCCCGAAACACCAGCCUAUUACAUCGCGAAAGGUGACAAAGAGAAGGCAGUCGAAUCGUUAUGCUUUCUGCGCGGCAAAACUGUGGAAGGUGUGCAGGAGGAACUGCACGAAAUAUCGACCACCGUCGAGGAGUCGCUCAAGAACAAGGGAACGUUGUUGGAUCUUUUUCGCAAUGCCGGUAACGUGAAGGCACUGAUCAUAUGUGCUGGACUGAUCAGCUUCCAACAGCUGUCCGGCAUUAACAUAAUUCUGUUCUACAGUCAGAACAUUUUCGAAAGCACCGGCAGCAGUUUGUCCCCGGCCGUUUCCACCAUUCUCGUCGGUGCGGUACAGGUGUUGGCGAGUGGUGCCACACCACUGAUUGUCGAUCGACUCGGGCGUAAGCCAAUCCUGCUAACGUCCGCUGGAGGCAUGUGCUUGUCGCAAGGUACGAUGGGAUUGUACUUUUUCCUCAAGUACAUCGAAUCACCGUCCAUCGACAGUCUUGGCUGGUUGCCAAUUAUGUCGCUAAUCUUUUUCGUCACGGUGUACUGUAUCGGAUUUGGACCGUUGCCGUGGGCAGUGCUUGGGGAGAUGUUUCCGGCGAACGUCAAGUCGAUCGCAUCGUCGAUCGUUGCCUCCACCUGUUGGGUGCUUGGUUUCAUUAUUCUGCAAUUCUUCUCCGACCUCGACAAGGCCGUCGGUUCGCACUGGUCGUUCUGGAUCUUUGGCAUCCUUUGCGGGGUGGCGUUCGUGUUUACCUUUACUACGAUGAUGGAAACGAAGGGACUUAGCUUACAGGAGAUUCAGGACCGACUGAACGGUAAAGCCUAA